UCAAUCAAUUUACAAUAGACAAUGAUUAAAAAAAUUAAAAUAAAAAAUCUACAUAAAAUUUUAUCACCCGAAACAAAAUAGCACAGGAAAUUAACUAAGGUAAAGAAACAUUAAAAGUUAAAGAAAAUUAAGUGUAACUAUAUAAACAAUAAUAUACAUUUAAAAUGAUCAAAUAAUUAUUUAAUUAUUAUGAUAAAAAAAGGUUAAAUAAGACGAUAAAAUUAUUAAGGCCUACGAAAGAAAUAGAAAAUAGAUAAAAAAUACUCUUGACUAAAAUAAUAAAACAUAAUAACAAUUCUAACAAAACUGACAUAAAGAUAGUAAGAAUAGUUGUUGGUUAAUAAUAAUAACACAUUUUAGAAUGAAUAAAAGUUAAAAUAGAUAGAUAGAUAAAAGAAUGAAAGAGAAUACAACAGUACAGUACAGUAAUGAGAAUGAGGCAGUAACAGUUAGAGGAGGAGUAAAGGAGGAGGUGAGAUAGGGGCUCUGUUUCCUCUGAAUGUUCUCUGAGUGUGGAGGUGAGAUAAUGUCAGACAGGCUGAGCAGAGCUCGAUCUGCAGGACUGAUAGAAGAAACUGCUCAACCCAGAUAAAACACACACACACACACACACUUUUCAGCUCCAGUCUCCACUACUGCAACAGGCUGACAGCACACUGCUGUUCUCUUCAGAAGCGGAGAUAAUCAUGGCUACUGAAGAAAACGGGGAUUCCUCCAGGUGUUUCCUUGUGGGGAAGAAGACUGAUAUCAUUGAGGCCAAACGCAUCAACCUUACAGUGGGAGACAGAGACAUAAUCGUCAUUCAUCACCAGGGAACUUUCUACUCCAUGGAUCAGCACUGCUACCAUGCUGGUGGACCUUUGUUAAAUGGAGAUAUUGAGGAAUUCAACAGCAUGCUGUGCAUCGUGUGUCCGAAGCACAAGUACAAGAUGAGUCUGGAAGAGGGCGAGGGGAUUUACAAGGCCUCUAAUCCUAAAGAGCCAGAGCAGCCGGCGCGCUGGUAUUCUAAAGGCAUAAAGCAGCGAGUGCACAAGGUGACGGAGGUAGACGGGAACAUCUUCGUGACGCUGUCUGACUGUCCCGGCUGGAUUGAGUCAGACUAUUACCAGGGAGAAAAGGGCAGGGAGGAGCUGAAGAAAGCACUGGCUGAAAAAUCAAACUGCUAGGAGUCUGAGACGAGCUCUUCAGAACACUCUGAGAAACUGGACAUGGACUGUUGUGUAAACUACACUAAAUGUUUUGUGGAUUUGUGGACGACCCUUCUAAUAAAUGCAUUCAUUUACUUUAAAGAUUUUGCAACCAUUGCUGACACAGAUGUGCAGAUAAACAUACAGCUCUGGAAAGAAAUAAGAGACCACUUAAAAAUGAUGAGUUUCUUUGAUUUUACCAAAUUGAAAACCUCUGGAAUAUAAUCAAGAGGAAGAUGGAUGAUCACAAACCAUCAAACCACCAAACUGAACUGCUUGAAUUUUUGCACCAGGAGUAAAGCAGCAUAAAGUUAUCCAAAAGCAGUGUGUAAGACUGGUGGAGGAGAACAUGAUGCCAAGAUGCAUGAAAAAAAACUGUGAUUAAAAAACAGGGUUAUUCCACUAAAUUUAAAACAAAAACCAUACUAAAAUAGGAACUUGUUUUCUUUGUAUUAUUUGAGGUCUGAACGUUCUGCAUCUUUUUUUGUUAUUUCAGACAUUUCUCAUUUUCUGCAAAUAAAUGCUCUAAAUGACAGUAUUUUUAUUAGACAUUUGGGAGAAAUGUUGUCUGUGGUUUAUAGAAUUAAUAAAUAAAACAGCAAUGUUCAUUUUA